CUUACACUGUAUAUAUAUAGUUGAUAUUUUCACACAGAGAAGGCAGCCAUGGCUUACAGUAACACGACAGCAGAUCGGAGGAGAAAUCCCCCAGGCAUGGAGAAAAACAAUUUCACUUAUGCUUCACCAGAACCGUCAAGAGUUUCUGAAGGUCCCAAUACUAACACUUCAGUAGAGCCAGUUGAUAAGAAUGUCAAUUUUGGUCAAGCCCAAAAGGAGAAGGAUGACGACCGGAGAAGGUUUUUCACUGGGAAAUACGACAAACAUGCGCUGAGCUUGAUUUCAAAGCGAAUAAGGGUAGAAGACUGGGUGUCUGAGCAGAUGUUGGAGUUAUAUGAGUGCUCGGAUAAUGGUGAAUAUGAAGCAGAGAUCGAUUUAGAAGAACUAUUGAAUGAAGAUGAAGACACAGUACGGAGAACCAUAUUACAUGAAAAACUUAGUGAUGCCAAAAAGGAUAGACAGGAAGUAGAUAAAUUUGUUGAAAACUUAUUAGUGCAGCUGAAGAACUUAUAAUAGAUGUGUUAGAGUAAAGACUAUAAAAGGAUGUAGCAGAAGCAAUGUCGCGUGCCUGGAUUCUGGAAGAAACUGGGUUAUCGAUGCUGGCCUGUUGGAUGCAAUGAUUGAGGAACUGAGGAGUACACCCAUAAGGAUCCUGGUCUAAUACAAUAUCGUGAUGGCAGCUGCAGCCCACCAAACUGUGUCAAGACGUUAUCUGAACGCAUUUGGAAUAAUGAGCCUGGUUCGAAGAUGGGUAUUUGGUCUAGCCAUGGGUUAGACCAUGCGUCUGGGCACCCCCAGACUUUGCUUCACUGUAUUCUCGUGUGGAUUGUGACUAUGCCCUUGAAGCGUCUGGUCUCUUGAUAGGCCAAGCCAUACAUUGUUGUGGUUGAUUAGCAGGAACACUGAUCAUGUACCUUUCUAUGUCAGGGGCAGUUCUUCUAGAGGCUCACAAACAGUUUGUCCCUGGAGAUACAGGAUGAUUUUUGACAAGUCGGUCCUCAUGGGUGACUUGCCCCUGACAAGUUGUCGAUGGGACAAACUGUCCAGGACGAAUAGUCAUAUGGGACAGAUUCUUGGGGUUAAUAAGUGUUUGGGGUUGAAUUUCUUUGCCAUCACAAAUAUGGCAAAGAAGGACUUUGUUCGCAAAAUGCCAUUUGAUAAAAAAAGUGAAAAUAUUAUUCAGAAUGUUAAAAUAUCGGUAUAUGUGAUGGUAUGUACAUACCCCAUAUGACUUAUUACAAGAGAAGACGUCAUUGGUGAAGACAAUGAACAUAGUCCACAUGAAGAGUUUCAUUGCAGAGCUCUUUGUUCAGGGCACGUUUGGAACUGGCCAGAGCAGUGUCUUCACUAAAGAUGUUAUGAGAAUUUUUGUCCUCAUGGAUUCUGGUAUAUGCAAUGAAAGCCUUCAUGUUGCACCUCAACAAUUCGUAGGCCUUGAAUGUACAUAUAGGUCAGUGCAGCACACCUUCUUUUAGGCAGUAGCAGUAGGCCUAACUACAGGCUCCAUGAUGGCCUGAUGUUGGGCUGUAUUCAGACCACAUUCCAGAGUGUCCUUCUGAAUUCCAUAUUGCUCUCAAGAUAUCCUAUUUGAGGCAGUUUUAAAUCAUGUUACUUUGUUUACAAACAUUAUAUUGUAAGAGUGGUUUCAAGUGAUGUCCUCGAGCAGGGCGAUGUGCCAUCUGUCUAGGACAUACUGGAACUCCUGCUUUAAAUGGACGCCGUCUACUCAAUAUGGGUUAUAGUUGAAGUAAGCACAACAAACUCCCCAGUGAUCACAUUAUAAAGGUCAGGUGGUAAAAUGAUUUAUACUUGAGCUUGAGCUGAUAAGAAACCUAGUUGUUAUAUUUUUCAGUCCAUGAGACCUGGCCCUGUUUUGAAUGGGUUUACAAAAUCUAAAUUGAAAAUCUUUCAAAAAUUUCAAUUUUUUUUUGAAAGCUUUAGAAUUCAGCUGUGAAUAUAUGUGAUCCUUUGUAAAUGCAUAUCAGUAUGUAAUGGUCUUCUCUCUUGAAGAUUAUGGUGGACUCCCACUGAAUCUCAAUUCAUAUUGACCUUGAGUUUAACAUUGCACAUUUAGGGUAUUUCAGUACCAUAGAUAUGUUGUCUGCAUAUGAAUAUGCAUGUACUGUAAAUAUGCUUCCACAUUCUUACAAAUUCCAUUUAAAUUCCAUGCUUUUUUCCUUUUAAAAUCUGCAUGUUUACAAACUUUUUUUCUUCAAAUAUACUGUGUGUUGGUUGAAUUUUCUCAGGGUCUAAUGCUUGCCAAAAUUCAUAUCACCUAGAAAUGAAUUGUUAUAUCACACUUCGUUUAUUCUUUGUCCACACCAUAUUGGGCUCUGGAGCGUGAACUCCUGGUCGGAUUUCAAAUGUUAGAAAUUCAUGUUUCGUUGGAAACCAAACUUCAAAGAAAUCUGACCAGUGGUUCAACCUCCAGAGCCCAAAAGGCUGUGGACGAAACAUUUACAAAUAGACUUUAGUGUGACGUGUGGUGAACCAUUGCAUAUCAUACGUUGUAAUCAUGAAAUGUAGGCUUGUAAUUCCUCUAGUAUCAGCCUGUGGAGGAGUAUUGAGAUCUGCCAGAAACAAUACCAGCAUUUGUAUACUCCGUGUUUCCAUAUGUUAUGCUUCACGUGUCACGAUUCACGUGAGCAAACGAGUCAUAUCCAAAGGGCAACUGAGGCUGUGUGGGCAUUUAUAAGCAACUUUGAAAAUAUAGUAGAACCUCUCUAUUAAGGACACCGUUGGGACUGAAAAAUACUGUCCUUAUUAGAGAGGUUUCCUGAUUAGCGAGGUCAAAUUGUAUGGUAACUACCAAUUCGAGACCAAACUAGUGUCCUUAACAGGGAGGUUGUCCUUAAUAGAGAGGUGUCCGCUAAGAGAGGUUCCACUGUACUGUUGUUCACGCCUGAUCGUGACACGUGACUCACCAAACAUAUCUACAUGACUUCUGAUGUAUAGAACAACAUCUCAUAAUAGGCAUUAGAAAACUUUCCUCUCUCGGAAGCAGGUUGCUCUAUCGGCAUGAGCAGUUACAUUGGUGUUAAGUCCUAACGCUGUUAAUGUAAAUGAAAUCAUUGAAGAAGAUCAUGUUUGGUUGAGGUAACCCUGACGUUUGUCUCGACGUCGAUCGAGAAACGUGAUGUUAUUGUGACUUGGACUAGAUCGGAUCUUGAUGAUCUGUGUACAUUACUUUUUUUCUACCUAAAUGUUUCUUUGAUACUGUUUGUGUUACUUGCGUUAAGUUUCACCAGGCUUUGUUCUUAGUUUAGGUGCCUGUUAGCGUCUCUUCCAUAGUUUAUCUAGUUUUCUUACUACUGUUAGUUGACUUUAGUUAGCGAGAAAAAAAUCUGAAUGUUUUAAACAAUUCUGUGAGAAAGUGAACAUGAUAAUGCUGUACUAUUUUGAUAACGUAGAAUCAUGCUACUUAAAGGCCUAGCUACUCCAUUUGUUCAAAGAAUUUGGGAUUUGAAUUUGAAUUUGAAAAUUUCAAUAGUGUAAAUAUGUACUGAAUGACAAUUUCAGCAAUGUUGAUGUGAAGACUGAUAAACUGAUAAACAAGUACUAUAAUUUCGGAGUUUAACUAAUCUGCACCAACAGAUAACCUGGUGAUAAAGGUUCAUGAAUAGAAUAAUGAUUUUAUGUAAUGUUUCCAUUGUCUUAGUGCCAGAUAACUUCACGACAUAGAUGUUCCUACAAACUAAUCAUCUGCUGGCAUUUCAAGCUUCCAGAAGGACUUUCAAUUUAUUUACCGUCCUUAUUCAUGCUGCUGAUUUUAUUUCACAACCAAAUUCUGAUCUGUGUGGAGUUGUAUACUUGGUCUUGAUAUUAAAUCAUGAGAAGUUAGAUAGUUUUCGGUAACCAAUAUAAAGCUUUCGGACAAAUUGCCAAUUGAGCGAUUGAGCUGGUCAUCCUUCUUCAUAAACCAGUAGUCCUCCAGUGUAUUUUUCAGGGAAAAGGUGAAAUAUCUGGUUGCCAGUAGGGCUUGCUUACUACUAAAAGAAGUUCCCUACCCUGAAAUAAGGUGGUCUCGGGCAAGGGGAUAACUGCUAUGAUAGAACCCUACCUGUACUCACAGAAUCUUUCAGAAUAGCACCAGUCACAAAAGUAAUUUUAAAUUUGAUUCUGAAACCUAUUUUAGGUCUUGAUGUGUUGAUGAAAAUUCGAGGGGGGGUUAUGCAUUUAGUGUUCUCUUAAUUUUAGAGGACGUGAUAAUAAAUUUUAAAAGAUGGUGGUGUCCAUUAAUGCAGACAAAAUUUAAUGCUUUAAAUUGAGAUGUUUUGUUUAUAAUAUGUUAGAACUGCUGUCUAAUAUUCUUUUUGACAAAGAAUACUGCUUUUAUUUUAGUCUUCCUGGACUCGCGAGCAUUUUACAUAUGUAGGACUUAUUACAGAGAUCUGUAUGCAAAUACAUUGCUGUGUCUUCUUGAAAUCUAUGCUGUACAUAGGAUUUUUGAAUCCAGAAUAAAGAGAAUUAAGUAAAGGUA